UACCUUACCUAAACCAAACACAAAGACCGCAUUCAUGGAAGAGAAUCAUCUUCCUGCGAAUGCCCACACGCGUCUUAAUGAAAUGUUCAUUCUUCAUGAUAAACUUUGCGAUAUCUCUGAAAUCCUAAAUGAUGCCUUCUCUCUUCAGAUAGUAUCCACCAUUACGGCUGGAUUUAUCAUAAUCAUCUUUGGCUUCUUUAUCGAAACAAAAGUAAUCUUCUGGGCGUGGGGUCAGAAUUACACACUAAUUCUUAUCGCUACAUCCUACGUCAUUUGGGGCGGAAUCAAUGCCCUCAUGAUCUACACAAUGCUGGCCUGCACUACAAACACCCGGGAAACUGCAAAUGCUGCUGCACUCGUUGUCCAUAAAAUUUUACAGAACAAGCCCGCAUUUAUGCUCAAUGACGAGAUCUACUACAACAAGAUGAAGAGUUUCACUCUGCAGAUCCUCCACAGGAAGAAUACCUAUCAUUUCAAUGCUUUGGGAUUAUUCCGGCUCGAUUAUACCUUUAUCUUUUCAGCCGUUAGUGCUGCUACGAGCUACUUAAUUGUUUUGCUGCAAUUUGAUUUGACGGAUUACCUGGCUGCUUUCGAUAUGAUGCUCCAUGGAUCUUCUUAAGCAAUUCCUGCAUGAAAUUUGAGGAAAUACAGCACAUAUUUUGUGAGGAAAUUGGAAAAUCACAAGCAUCACAAGGAAAUUAGGCACAUCUCACUCAAUAGAAAACUAGUAAAAGUACUGUCACUGAAAUAAUGUAGAUAUUAGAGAUAAACUCCUGUCUAAUACGA